UGGAAGACCGUCCGUGUAUUGAUUGGUUGGCAACGGAUUGCCCAACCAAACACAGCUCAGGCAACAGUAAAACCCACAAUAUUGAUGACGUUUGCACGGCAUUGUGUGCUCGAUGGACUCAUCGAUCCUCGUAAAACGUUCCUGAAUGGGAAAAGGAUCAUUUUCUCGGCAAAGGGGCGUUUGUUAGCAAAGAAUACCCGGCUUUGAAGCGCGAUUGUAAACUCCGGCACGGCACGUAUGCCAAGUUUCUGGGUCACUGUGAGUACUGACUCGGAACGAGGACGAACAAACUGUAACCUGUAUGAAGAUACAGAAAUCAAAUAGCUCGCUUUGUUUGACCAGUGAUUGAUUUGUGUUAUCUGCUGUCGAGGAUCGUUCCAGCUUAAUGUCAUUAUCAACACAUUGCUAUAGUAUCUGACAAAUCAUAUCUACCAUACGCCGUACUAAGGAAAAGUCACCCCAUGGAAUGUUCCUAGUCAAUUCUGACAAGUCUACCUCCUUGUAGAGUGCGUGUUCUCGUGGACUCUGUCUUCACAACUCGAGGACCGUGUUGAUCUGUGACUACAAGCCGUGAAAUGCACCUGUUUUGCCCACGAGACACACGCCCGUUCUGCGCUUUGAUGUUGUGUCGCUGAGCUGAAACGGAUAAUAGGCUAAUUGCAGAUAAACAAUGUAAUACAGAAGAGCUGCAUGUGGGAUUCUUCUUGUGAGAUGUAUUGUCGUCCAGUGAUAUGCACAGAUUGUCUAAUUGAAAAGUGUUUAUCAUAGCCACUUUAUAGUGGCAAAUGAUUUUUGUCCAUCAACCGCAAUAACUUUCAAGAUUGUUGGUACGAAUUGCCUUUUUCUUCAAAGUGCCAGCAUCAUUUGGACAAAUAUCCUGACGUCAACAAUGUAAUGGAAUAAUAUUGUUGACUGAGUUGUUACAUAACCUGCUGCAAGACUUUUUUACACUUAUAAAGCAGAUUAUACAAGAUUAUGAUUUUGUAAAUGUCCGCAUGAAUGAAGUUGAUCAAGUGACAAGCGACAAGAAUCAAUCACCAUGACUACUGACGCAAAAGUUUGUGCCGAAUGCGGGAAUGCUGCAGCCAAGUUCUACAGUCUACAUGGCAACGACAGGACGCUGCUCUGCUCAUCGGAAUGCCAUGAGAAAUGGAAAGAGAAAAACGAUGAUUCCACUAACGCUCUCUUGAUUGAGCUGGAUGAGAACAGUGGCGAAAAUAAAGAUGAUGAAGCAGAGGUUAAUGAAGUUUUCAAGGCGUGCCAUCGCGGUGAAGACAACCUCCAAAAACUACAGUCUCACUUCCAACUGUACGGAGAAAACCCCAACCAAGUCAACGCCAAGGGCCAGACUCUGCUGACAUAUGCCAUAGCAAAGGGAGACGUCAAGACACUAGACCUGCUGCUAUUGGCUGGAGCUGAGAUCGACGCAGAGGAUGAUAAUGGCGAUACUGCGCUGAUGGUUGCCGCGCAACUCGAAUCUGAAAUAAAGGUUGAGUAUCUCUUGGAGAAAGGAGCGCAGCCUACCAUCGCCGACAUCGAAGGGAAAACAGCAUUAUACAGAACAGAGCAAAAUAAGACCACGAAGUGUGCAAAGCUUCUGAUUGACAAGGAUCCUUCGCUGGUUCACGCGACCGACAAACAUAAGCAAACCGUGCUUCACCUGGUAGCCGGCGAGGGAAAUGAUGAGCUUAUUAGCUAUCUUUUGCAACGUGAGUCCAAGAGAAACGAGCUGGAUAAUUUGGGACGCACGCCACUGCACUGGGCUGUCAUACAAGGAAUGAAAACAAGUGUUGAGAUUCUUUUGGAGAGCGAAGGCGAGAACGCUAUCGACGUGCGAGACAAGUUUGGUUUCUAUCCGAUCCACUGUGCCGUGCAGAUCAACAGACCGGACAUCGCACGACUACUCGUACACAAGGGUUGCAAUCUUGGUCUGAUUGAUUUCGCUUCCCGGACGCCCUUCGUCUAUGCAGCAUCCCUGGGCUACCAAGAGAUAUGCGAGAUCAUACUGGAGAAGCAGGUGGAAAUGAAUGCAUUCGAUCGAGACGGCUUCACUGCGUUACAUUUUGCUGCUUCGAGGGGUGACAGCACCCUCUGCCGUCUGCUUCUCAACCAGGGCGCAAACGCGGAUCCGACCAAUGAAAAACGCGAGACGCCCCUCCACCUUGCCACAACCAAUGAGCACAAAGAUGUGGUCGAGAUCCUCAUGAAUAAUGGAUCAAGGGGCGUGUCCAUGACGGAUGAAGAUGAAAGGACGCCAAUCCACCACGCAGCUGAGUGCGAUUAUCUGGAUAUUCUCAAAAUUCUCGUCAAUAGGACGUCAGCGGAACAGGACAAAGAAAACACGGGAACAGAAAAUAACAGCAAAGACGAUUCAAUAAACGCUUUAGACAUGCGAGACAGUGACAACCACACAGCACUGUAUCUUGCCGCUUCGCGUGAGUACCGAGAAUGCUGCAAGGUCCUGUUGGAUCGAGGUUGCACGGUGGACGAGGAAAGUAGACCAUACCUCGUUCAGAUGGGCCUCAUAGAGGAAGGAAAAGAAGAGGAAGCUCAAGAAGAAGCGACGGAGAAGGAGGUUGAGGAGGACGGGAGUGCCAUGACAACAAGGGAGAGAUACGCCCCCAGCGUCAGCCCAUCGACAGAGGAACCACCCAUUCAACUAUCUCCCGUGACAGACAGAGAUGUGAUUGCCAAUACUUCUCGUCACAUCCAAGAUGACGUCAUGUCGAGCAGGUCAAGUAAGAGCUCCCGGAAGCCUAAAGCAGACAGCUGGACCAAGUUUAUCGAGAAGAAGAAAAGAAACAAGGACAACAUGUUGCAAACAAACCGCAGUAUUCCCAAGUACACCGGUUCACCCUACCUCAUUCCCCAAGUCGACAGCCACGUUUUCAGGAGGUACCUGAUUGGCCACCGCACCGCGCACGACAUCUACAGCGACGAGAAACCAACCAAUCACAAGAAAAUUUACGCAAGUGACGGGCAGUCGAGGAAGUACUCGUACUCGCGGAGCGCAACCUCGGAUAAACCGCUGUGGAACAGUAUGUUUUGAAGAUUAAAAGUCCAGUUACCAAUUUUAUGGAACAUCUGAGGACAAAAAUGUGGCUAAGCACACUAAAGCUCAGCUUAGCAAGGACAAGUUACCAACCAAAUGCUACCUCAUUGGUGUUGACUGGUUCUCAGAAAAUAGUUUGUUUUGUAUCUGUACAUUAACUUGUCAGUACUAACAUAUACUAACUUGCUCAGCAAGUUGUCAUGCACUUUAAGACCUUUCUCAAGCUGAAAAUUCCUGAUGAGCUUCGCAAGUAUACAGUGUUAUCAUAAGACAUUGCACGGGUACGUGUUUGACGUAAAUACUGCUGCACAUAUCGGUAGCUAGUGUAAUGAUGGUCUAAUGCUAUCCUGAAUGUGGAGAACAACAUAUUUCUGCAAGUCUUCUCUUCGUAAAUGUCAAUGAAAUGAUAAACCAUGGCUACAUGUAGCCUAAAUGGUUUUGAGGAGAUAUGAAUCACUGUAACUGCACGUCUUAUAACACAUUUCAGAACAGUUUUUCAUGAACAUUUUCCAGUAUGACAUUCUCUCGUUAUGUGCAGUCAAUGUAUAGGCCUACAUAACUGUUUUACCCAAUAUACGUUUAUUCUGUAACUACGUGGGAGACUGAGGAGAAAAUGGGUGUCAGGUUUUGGUAUAGACGUAACUCAAGUCGGACUCAAGUUGAUAUCCACAGCACCCACUGCCAUUACAACUGCCAUCACAACCAAGAGAAAAAAGCGACUUGGGUCUAGUCUAGGUUUUGGGUUGUAUAAAUUAAGUGGCAUUGAUUGUUUCACUGAAACUGAAGGAAGUCCCACAAAUGGCAAGUGCGAGAUAAAUUGGCUUGCUUUGACUUUCUCGCCUUUAAAACUAUGAUUUGGAAUAAGAGCCUUGAAUUUAUUCCCACUAUCUGGAAUCAAACCCAAAUCACUACUGUACGUCCCUCAUUGCCAACUAACCCAUCAACCAAUAAAAAAAAAUCGGCUUGUAUAGUGCAAAACAAAUUGUAAAAAAAGACCCCUAAAUCCGGCAAAUUGUUAAUUGAACUGGGAACUUUCAAUUAAUUGUUGUCACAACUUUGGCAGAGCACACCUAUUAUCUUUAGGCUAAAUGGUCCAGUCAUUCCAGCACUAGAAAAAUAACAUGGUACAUGUACAUUUCUGAUGUUUUUCCAUGUUAUACUUCACUUUUGUAUUACAAUAAAUUGUAUCAUGAAUUUUUUGGUACUUUUCAUGUAACAAUGUAUUCUUAAUAAUGUAAUAAUAAAUCCGUAUAACAUUGUAAGUACUAUAUCGUGCAUGGAGGUUCAGUUCGUUCUUUCUUACCAUUUUCGUUGAUGAGAAGUUCACUACGCUUAUCGUCUGUAAAUCUGUAGAUUAGUUUCCAUACUGCAAUGAUGCAUUCCAUUUACACUAUUAGAUCUGUCAGCAAACAUCGAAACAGCGGUGCGAUAUCAAAUGCAGAUUUUUAGUUUCAUAAGUAGUCUGUCAUAAUUACAGCCUUGGUCAGUCGCCCCAUAAUACAGGAUGAGUCAAAAAGAAAUCUGUGACCUGGAUUAUAUAUUUUCUUCCCUCAAAAAGCAAUUAAAUUUGACACACCAACGAAGCAUAUAUCAAACGAGUAUACUCUUCCACUCAUUUGAAGAAAAAAAAAGACUUACUGAAGUUGAUCCAUGCUAUAAUGAGAAGUUAUGCAUAUUUUACUAAAAUAAUUCAUUUUUACAGCUGUCCACAUAGAAUGCCAUUUGAAGCUUUUGAGCUGAGUAAGAACCAGAAAUUACACACAGGCAUUAAGAUACAAAUGAGAUUUACAGAAUUUUUGUCGACUGAAUCAUUAUUUUGUGUUUUAAAUAUGAAAAAAAAAAUCUGAAAUAAUGUUGGUAAUUUUUGUUUGUUCCAGUGCAAAUGUUCGUUCAAUAUUCAUGAAAGCAAGAACACGCCAUGUUUUCAUUGUACAUGUCAACGGUAAAUGAUCACUGGUGGACAGCUGAAUGUUGUGAUGUUUGUAAAUAUACAAAACUUGCGAAUAUAGUAUGUAGAUAAUGUGAUUUUUUUUACAGCUACUAGUCAAUAAUAUGUACUUAAUCCCUUCAUUAUUUUUAUUAAAUGAACCAAGCCACAUA